UUAUAAUUAGCGAUUUCUAAUUAGUGAUGGGACACGCGGUGUCACUAUAGAGUCAUGAAUCGAAACCGCAGUUUCGAUCGAUAAGUCUUCGGUCUCCGACCGAUAUUCUCGUUUUUUAAUUGCUGAGUUGUGACUUAAGAAUCAAAUGAUGAAAUUGCUAAGUGUUUGCAGACACAAGUGUGCCGUAAUGACUGAAUGAUGCAAGUGAAGGUUGAAAAUGGAAAAGUAGCAGGAUUUUGUGCUAAACGACUGAGCAAAAUUAUUUUUUUUUUAUCUUUUUACUAUUACAAUGACUGCAUUUUUCAGGUCUCCUGAAGUAUGCGCCACAAGUACUUCUAGUUGGCCUGGCUCUACAAUUUUCGCAUAUGUAAUUUCUAACCCCCACAUGACUACGUCAUCCGCCAUACUUCAGGAGACCCCAUUUUUCAAAUGAUACAUAACAGACAAAUUUUGAAUCUUUCUGAUAUCUUUUAAUCCGGAAAAUUGCAUUUAUUUUGUUUGUAUUCUUUUUAUGUGACCAGUUGACAGAUGACAUUCAUGUUUCACACCUCAUCAUAUCAGUUUAUAUUAUUUUGAUUAUUUGAAUUUCUUAUCUUAUCAAGCUUAGGACUAUACCAUACUAUCAUAGUGAUAGUACUAGAAUAUUAUUAACCCUCAAAGAUGACUUAGAAACUGAGAUAUGUUUGCAAAACCCGAAUUAUCUUCACUCAUUUUCUCGCAAUGGAAGAAUUUGUUAAAGAUUCCAUGUCGGUAUCGCUACAACUGGGUGCUCCAUAAAAUAAUUAGGGACAAAACGUUUCAACAUCAGUGUCGAAAUGCUGGACUCUCAAAGACUAUGCUUUCUCAAAGUUUUGAAACCUUUGCAAGGGAUCUUGUAUAUAACGGCAACCCUAGUAUUAUGGAGUCACUGAAAGUGCAGUAUGUUUUGGACGGAAUAUUAGAGUCAAAAUAUGAAUAUUCAUCUAUUUUCCCUUUGUUUCUCAUUUAUGCAAAACAAAAAUUUCCUUUGUUACAAAAUUGGGCAAAGCUCCAUGAACUCUCUGAUCUAUCGAACCCUGAGAAAUGGUACAGGCAUGCGAGAAAAAUGAAGCGUUCCAUUAUUUUUCAUGCUGGUCCUACUAAUAGUGGUAAAACUCAUGCUGCACUUAAAAGGUUUCUAGCUUCGAAUACAGGAAUUUAUUGUUGUCCUUUACGUCUGCUUGCUCGUGAAGUUUCUGCAAAAUCGAAAGCUAAAAACGUCAAAUGUAGUUUAAUAACCGGAGAAGAAAUAAAACAUAAAGAAUCUGACACUCAUGUUGCUUGUACUGUGGAAAUGACUAAUUUGAACAAGGAAUUUGAUGUGGCUAUUAUUGAUGAAAUACAGAUAAUUGCACAUGAGGAGAGGGGGUGGGCAUGGACACAAGCUUUAUUAGGAGUUCAAGCAUCGGAGGUCCAUGUUUGUGGAGAGCCCAGAGCAAUCCCUAUUGUCAGAAAACUUUCUGAGGAAUGUGGGGAUGAUUUUUUUGUCCAAGAAUACGAACGAUUGACGAAGUUACGUGUAAAAAAACAUGCUGUUGGUUCAAUUGAUAAACUAAAAUCUGGAGAUUGUGUUGUUUGUUUCAGGCGGAAAGAUAUUUAUGAAACUGUUUCUGAAUUACAAAGAAAUGGAGAAGAUGUAGCAAUGAUUUAUGGCAAACUUCCACCAUCAACUAAACGAAAAGAGGCACAGAAAUUUAAUAACGUUGAUAAUGGUUGUGAUAUUUUAGUUGCAACUGAUGCAGUAGGAAUGGGAUUAAAUCUAAAUAUUAAAAGAAUUGUCUUCAAAAGUCUUGAAAAAGGGGUGAAAGAUAAAAAUGGUGAAAUUGUCCGAAAACAACUUACCACUCCCGAAGUUCUACAAAUUGCAGGGAGAGCUGGUCGCUAUGGAUUUCAACAAAGUGGUGAAGUAACGACUCUGUACAGCCAUGACAUAGGUGUUUUACAUGAUCUAAUUUCAGAUGCGAAACAAGAUAUAACACAUGCUAGAAUAAAUCCCACCAUGGAACAUUAUGUGAAAUUUUCAAAUAAAAUGCCAAACUGUAACUUGCACCAAAUACUUUCCAAAUUUAAAGAAUUAUGCCAAGUCAAUGAUGAGUUCUAUCAACUAUGCAGUCAACGAGACUGUCUUGAUUUAGCAGAAAUUAUAAAGAAAUUAGAUUUGUCUUUUACAGAAGCUUAUAAAUUUUCAUUAUGCCCAAUUAAUUCUGAUCGAAAUAUUCCAGUAGCAAUGUUUAUGCGCUUUGCGGAAUGUUACUCGCAAUCUAAAAUCGUAACUUAUUCAUAUAUUGUAUCGAUGUUACUUGGUUUUGGAAUAAAACUACCAUUUUUGCCAACAAGCCAUCAAGAAGAGAUAACAAAUUUAGAAGAUGUGCAUAAUGCCUUGGGAGCAUACUUAUGGUUAAGCCAGAAAUUUCCGAGACAUUUUCCUGACUAUGCUAAAAUAUUUUAUUUGAGAAACAGGGCAGAAAAUAUAAUAACACUGUCCUUGUCAACAAUACGAAGCAAAUUUACAUUUGGCAACUUUGAUAGAAUGUCAAAAAAGAAGAAAAAGCAGAGAAAACAAAAAAUGAAACCUAUUAUAUAUUAUUGAUCAAAAAUUGUUUUAGGCAUAAUUAUUAUUUAUAUAAGUUUUAUUUAUCAUCAAAACUAUUCGUUCUAUUUAUUCAG